AUGGGGGACGAUCCGGGGAGGCUUUAUCGUUUGGAUGGAGUUGCUCAUAUCGCCGGUGUGAUCAACGACGAGCCUCGUCGUUGCAUAUCCAGCGUUAGGCGGCAGCAGGGGAUGCGUCUUGAUGAGAGGUACGUACCGUACUUUCAGAUGGCCGGAUUGUACCAUCUUGCGAGACUGAACGACAGAUGGUUCCGACUAGAUGAGUCCCUAGUCAGCGCAUUCGUCGAGAGGUGGCGGCCUGAGACGCACACCUUCCACAUGCCGUUCGGAGAGUGCACCAUCACGCUUCAGGACGUCGCAUACCAUCUGGGGUUGCCAGUGGACGGAGAUUACGUGCAGAAAUUCGCAGUCAACUGCACCUGGUUCCAGGAGACAUUUGGAGAGUGUCCAGACGGGGCUGAUGAGGAGACAGUUAGGCGCUUUGCCCGUGCCUAUAUCAUGAUGUUAUUGGGCACGCAGCUGUUUGCCGACAAGUCCGGCAAUCGUAUACACAUCAGAUGGCUACCCUAUGUUGCUCGGCUUGAGGAGAUGGGUCGCUACAGUUGGGGGUCGGCGGCACUAGCAUGGUUGUACCGGUGCAUGUGCCGAGUCGCCAACAGACAUGUCGUGAAGCUAGCUGGCCCUUUACAGUUACUGCAGUCUUGGAUCUUCUGGAGGUUUCCUACUUUUAGGCCUACUGGGUAUGAUGAGAUUAGCUGGCCCCUUGCCUCGAGAUGGUCUGGUUACAAUCUUGGGAUUAGCAACAAGGGACCUCGGGUACAGAUGGCUCGCCUGAAGAUCGACUUGUUACAGCCUCGGGAUUUCAUAUGGAUGCCCUAUAGCGCACUCGACGUCAUCCAGGUUGUCCAUCCGGAGGUGUUGGAGCCUCGGCAUACGAUGUUAUGGCGGUGUAGGACGUCUCUGAUUUAUUUUGCGGUGGUCGAGUGGCAUCAGGUUGAUAGAGUUUUACCGCAGUUAGGCGGCGUUCAGCCCACACCGCGUCCCGCCCUGAACAUCGACUUCUUGAUGUCGAAGGACGGGAGAGGAGGUGACCGUUGGUUCCCGGCGCAUUUACCUGAGUGGCAUCUUCAAUGGCAGGAGCGUGCGGAGCACAUUUUACAGUUCGACAUCGUGGCCGACCCCGGCCCGUCGCAUGAUUUCUUGACAUGGUGGUAUCAGCACGGAAAGAGAUUCCUGUCGCCAGAGAUGUUAUUGGGGGAUCCUAGAGGUAUUCCUAUUCCGGAUGAGGCGACGCAGAGGGGUGCAGGCCGAGUUCCAGAUAUGGACCGAGUUGAGGAUGUUCCUGACAGACGUCGUAUUGAGAGGAGAGCACGAGUCGGGACACGUCGUAGCCAGCGUGAGUGGAAUUGGGUGGAUCAUGCUAUGGAUGACGUCGAGGACGCAGUUAGGGGUGGGGGGAGGCGGCGUGGUCGUGGAGGCAGGAGGAGGGUGGCUGCUGGUGGAGAGGGUGCCCAUCAGCCUGGGGGGUGCAGCUGGAGGAGGUGA